UUGAAGGCAGCACAGCAUUGCUUUACUGUGACCGAGUAGUAGCUAUAGCCUCUUCAACAAAACAAAAGUUACGUUUGGGGUGCAAAACGUUAUUUUAACGUUUGUACUGUAAAAUAUCCACUCGGUUAGAUCAAAGAGUUUUCGUAACGUCAGGACUGAGUGUUGGUUUAUUCUGCUUAUUUGUCAGUGUACAUAUAAAUAAACUUCCAGCUCAAAUCUGGGAGACUGAGCCGAUGGAGCGCAGUUUGUAUGGAUACAGAUGAGGCACGAUGCUAGCUAGCUAGCUAACUAACUAACUAGCUACGAAGGAAAUGGUGAGUGCCGACGUUAUCCACUGAAGAAUAGCAACAGGAAGUUGAUUCACUGACAUGGAGGGCAACGGAGAGAUCAGUGACACUGACAGUGGCAUCAUCCUUCAUUCAGGCUCUGACAGCCCAAUGACGCAUAUGAAGGAUGUGACCACGCACACACGGGCCAUGAAGCUCAAACAUCAGGCUCUCCAAGAGCGACUGGAGAUCUGCCUACUGGAGCUGAAGAAAGUCUGCAUCCGAGAAGCAGAGUUGACAGGCCGGCUGUCAGAUGAUUACCCUCUGCUGCCAGGAGAGAAGCCUCCGCAGAUUCGCAGACGUAUUGGAGCUGCGUUUAAACUGGACGAGCAAAGCAUGCCUCAAGGAGCAGAGGAGUCAGAACUGAGUUUAGUGGAUGCUGAGUUGGCGCUUCAGAUGAAGAUAUAUGAGGCAGCGCGCAAGCUCUGCGAGGAGAAUCACAUGAGUAAGGCUGUUAGAAGGAGCCGGUUACAGCAGUGCAAGAGAGAGGAGAAAAAACUAAAACGGCUACAAGAGAGGGCCUUUCAGCUACGACUGGAGCACGGUCGAUCAUCACCACUCCCUGCUUUUAAUAUUGCACAACACGAUCUGGGUACAUCUGAUGACAGCUCUCUGUCUGAUUCUGUAGUACAAGAUGAAGAAGUGACAAGUCAGUCAUCAGGACUCACCUAUCCAGGAGAGACCGAUCCUCCCCAGCCCGCCCCUGGAUCCUCACAGUCCUUCAUAGACGGCUCCUACAUGUCUCCAUCUGUGGCUCCGCAGACCCUGCCGCUGACCCCAAGCCAUUCUCCCCAUCCGAACCUUGACUCUAUGCUGAGUUUAAACUCAAGCCCCGUAUGUGAGCUUCCUCCCAUCCAGCACUCCCCGUGGUCAGAGUCUAGUCUUGACAAACCUUACCAGAAGAGCAAGAAGUCGCGCUCCUCCAGCAAGACAAGCAGUCCAGCCAAAAGUGAAUUGUUGCCACCGUUGGAGGCUUGCUUUGCUUCCCAUCUGAGGCUGAGCCGCACCCAGUCGAACAGCACGCCUUCCACACCCGAGUUGCGGGUUCACAGACAACUCUCCCUCAGGAUAUCCAACCCUGAAUCUUCAUUUGAAAAGGAUCGUGGUCGCACCAGAGGUCCAAGGAGGCGACUGACAGAAUAUGCAAUUACUUUACCAGAGACUCCUCCCCCCGCAGUGAACUAUGGCAGCCAUGUUAACUCUGAGGAUAGUAACUCUGAACACUCGUUUACAUCUUACAACAGCUCACAGUGUCAGGAAUUGCCCUGUGAUUUGCCAAAACAAUAUCAGUCUGCUCUCCAGCACUCUGGCCCAGUAGGCAGCUAUGGACCUCAAGUCUUCCCACGCACUGGCUUUUACCAUAAUCCCAGGCACCAGUCCAGCCAUAGUUUUCACCAAGCCUAUUACAAUGAAGGAAUGGUCUACCAACCUGAUCUGGACUUGGCACGGAGCUAUUACACCCAGCAGGCUCCAAGUCCUUCCAACAGAUAUGAGUACUACUAUAAAGAUGCCGCUGUGCCCCACCAGAGAGCACAGAGGCCAUUACCUCCUGAUAUCAGACUCUCCCCCUCCCCGGCUCAAUGGGACCAUCCACACUACCACGCUAGUGGCCUCCCACAACAAGUGGUGAAUGAACAGCUCAAGUCAUGGCACUGGCGCAGUCAGCUCAAAUCCCCCAGGGCCCGCUCUCUCGACAGACAGGGAGCAGUCAGAGUUAAAAACAUGUCCGUUCGGGACGUGACCCUCCACCAAAAUCAGAAGUACCAUGAACAGGUUAUCCAAAGAAGGACUCUUCAAAGAGCUGCAGAUGACACUCAAGGGCACUGGGUUGCAGAUGAUGGUUCUCACUUUAUUCCUGCCUGCCCUAUUUGGACAUAUACUGUAGAAGGAUGAAAAAACCGGAACCGCUUACAAUAUAAUGCAAUCUAGUACAACAAUAAUUACGAUCACCAAAUUUACUGUAAAGUUGAAUCAAACCCCUCCCUGACACAGCCACAGUAAAGUUGAUUGCAGAGCAGUUGUAUAGGAUCUGGAGCACACCUGUAAAGUGUACCUGCUGUUUAUGUCCACUCUCUGUAUGUUGUUUUGUACUGACAAUUACAAAAUUAAGCAUUGAACUGAAUGCUUGGUAAUUGUUACUGAGGGCUGUUUUAACCUGCGACUAAAUCUGCUGCCAGUUGAAAAAUGGUUAUUCUGUUUCUCAAAAACAAAAUCAGCACAGUUUCUGUGUCAUUUAACACAGGGUUAUUUUGAUAUGCGAUGCAAUUAUGAUGAUGAUUUAAGGAAAUUGGUUGGAGAUAGCAGUUCAAACAGAAAUGUCCAACAAAAUUGCACAUUCUCGGAUUGUGAGAAAUGUGAAUGUUUUUUAAAGUAACCUUUCACAUGUAACUAACAUUUAGGUCAUUGUUGAAAUCAGUCUCAGAUGGAUUAUCAUUUAUAUCAAAAUUGUCACAUGUAAAGCCCUUAAGUAAACUGCUUUAGCUACUUAAUCAUACAACAUAGUGCUGCAUUAGAAGUGGCUAUCUGUAGCUACAAACACUUCCCAAAAAUGCUCAUUUGUGUGGGGAUGCGCUCAAGAUAGAGACGUUUACUUUUUUGCAGUUUGGUAGAUGGGGAAUAAAGUGCUCCUUUUUACCUCGCUGUAUGGAGCAAACCCAUUCAUUGUAAAAUAAUGUAAAUGAGCAACAUAUUCUUUUUUUAACCUUUACAUUUUGUGAAUAAUGUUGCCCUGAUUGUGUCACUAUGUUAAUGAACUUGAGCUGCUUAAAUUUAAGAUCCCAGUUUUGUCCUCUAUAUCAUGUACUUUUGGAGGAAAAUAUGUCUUGUUUUUAUACUUGCAUUUGUCUGUGGCUCAGCCAGUUAACUUGAAUUACUAAUGGACUUAAUCAACUAGCUGAAACUAGAUAUUGAUUUGCUCACAUGAGUUCUAAAGUAGAAGCUUUAACAAAAGCAAAGUCUUAAUGCUUGGCAGCUAGCAAUUGAUGUGUGCAGUUGAAAUUUAAAUGUCCUGAGCUUUAACAAAAUCUUUAUCAGUGUCUGUGUUUAAGACAGCAGGUGACAAGACACUAACCUUUUUGUUUGAACCAGUACAAUUUAAACUGAGGUGAACUGUAUUUGAAACAUUGCCAAUAUGUGAUUUACAAUCAAGUCUCCUAAACAAACAAGCUUUUGAUGGUAGGUCAUUUGAGAAUGAGAGCAAAUUCAACAUAAAAUACUGUUCUCUCUCGCAGUGAUCUAUUUAUGUGUUUAUUUAUUGCGAUGUGCACCAUCGGACCCCUGGAAAGGCAGACUUGAAAUAAAAGAAGACAUGGACCUGAGUUUGCAAAAUCCAGCAGCAGUAAAGACUAUGUCUAGUUGUAUAUAGAAAAAUAGAACACAAUCCUGUUACCUUGUGUGCCUCUUUUUUUACUGUCUUUUCUAUUUAUCAGUUAUAGUAGUUUAAGUGGACCUAAUAAUAAUGUGUUAUGUUGCAAUUUGAUAAAUCUGUGAAAAUGUUUUCUCUGUGGAAGAAAAUAAAGGGUAAUGUUUGCA